AAAAUGGCAGUAGCAUUAGCAGCAUGUCUUUGCCUUCUAGUACUCGGGGCCACAACUUCCCAAGCUGGCCACCCAGCUCACCAGCAUCCUAAACUAAUUAACCCUAUCCGCAUGAUGCCUGAAGCCUCCUCCGGCGAAUCUGUCCCCGUAUAUAAUUGCCUGAGUUGGCGUCUGACCGUGGAAACCAACAACAAGCGCAACUGGAGUAAUGUCCCGGCAAGAUGCGGGUUCUACGUUGCAGACUACAUGACUGGCAGGCAAUACCGCUAUGACUGUGAAGCCGUGGUUGAUAUUGCCAUCAAGUAUGUUAAGAGUCUCUCCAUACCCACAGAUGGCAGGAGCAUUUGGAUCUUCGACAUCGAUGACACUGCACUUUCUAACUUGCCCUUCUUCUCCAGGCCGGACGUUUUCUUUGGGGUGAAGACGCUUAACGCGGAGUUGGAGGCUGAGUUUUAUGAAUUUGUUCUGACGGCGGAAGUACCAGUACUUGCAGCAACUCUGAGGUUGUACCAAGCUAUAGUCGAGGCGGGGAUUAAGGCUGUCUUCCUGACUGGAUCAUCAGAACGUUCUGCAGAUGCAAGGGCUAAGAAUUUGAAGGCAGUUGGAUACGACACCUGGGAAGAGCUCAUACUCAAUCCUGAUCCCAGGAGAACUUUGGUUGGUGCACGAUCGCAGGCCCGACUCUGUAAACACAACAGUACAAGUUUUCAAAUCUCAGGUGAGAAAUCGGCUGGUGGUCCAGGGAUACAGAAUUGAAGGAAACAUUGGAGACCAGUGGGCUGAUAUAGUCGGGUCCAACGUUGGUCGCCGGACUUUCAAGCUACCAAAUCCGAUGUACUACGGUUACUACUAAUUUGGGUGCCGGAGAUGCAACCCAAUUGAACUUAGGUCCUUGUCAAGCCGAUCUUCAUGAUCAUUGAUCAGUUUCUCUUAGAAUAAAUGGGCGUUGUACUAAGCUUGACUCAAUCAUGUAUUAACUCUUGCUUGCCCUGUUCUCGUGUCAAUCGACCCUUCGUACUGGAAAGUUUGUGUUUUUCCUAAGCAAUAAAUGGCUAUGCUGUAACACAGCUUGAAAUGAAGGCCGACAUUUAUGGUCCCGUGUAAUGCCCUGUGUUCUUUUAACCUGUUGCAGUAAACAUCUAGCC